AUGUCUCAAGCGCCAACAUCAACUGUCAAUGGCGGUACUACAUCUCAAUCGACAUCGAAUGGUGAGCGAGUUGACUCAGACGGGUUUAAGCUGAAGUUCUGCACGGUUUGCGCCAGUAACAAUAACAGAUCAAUGGAGUCACACUUACGUCUCGCUGCGGCUCAUUACCCCGUGAUAUCUUUUGGAACAGGCUCUUUAGUUAGAUUACCAGGGCCUUCCAUCUCACAACCUAAUGUAUACCAAUUUAACAAAACCUCAUAUGACAGCAUGUACAAAGAACUCGAAUCUAAGGAUCCGCGUCUCUACCGGGCUAAUGGUAUUUUGAAUAUGCUUGGACGAAAUAGAUCAGUAAAAUGGGGGCCAGAGAGAUGGCAAGAUUGGCAAGUUGGUGUUCCAAGAUUACAACACAAUACAGAUCAAGGUGCCGAGGGCGUAGAAGGAGGCGUCGUGGACGUUGUUAUUACCUGUGAAGAAAGGUGCUGGGAUGCCGUCGUUGACGACCUUCUUAAUCGUGGUUCCCCAUUAAAUCGUCCCGUGCAUGUCAUCAAUGUUGAUAUCAAAGAUAAUCAUGAAGAGGCUCUAGUAGGCGGUAGAGGAAUCCUUGAUCUUGCGGACUCCCUCAAUAAAGCUGCGGCCGAGGAAAGAGAACUUAACCCCACCGGAUUUGACAGUGGAAGUGCCAGUAGUAGGGCUGGUUUUGAUGAAAGGGUACCGGAGAUCAUCGGGGAAUGGCAGGAAAGAUGGCCGAAUCUACCAGCAGUAUGGACAUUAGCAUGGUUCUGA